AUGGGUUUCUUACUAUCCAAUUAUCAACUCACAAUAUGUAUCUUGUAUUCCCUAAUUUUGUGCUUGUCUUCUUCUGCACAUCUUUGCCAUAAUGACGAGAGCACUGCUUUGCUCCAAUUUAAGCAACUCUUUUCCUUCGAUUGCCACAGAGAUAGUCCUGUACAAUGCUCCAGUGAUGUUUCUGCUUCAUUCACUGAUAAUUGGAAAGAGGGUACAGAUUGUUGUGCAUGGGAUGGGGUCACAUGUGAUAACACCACUGCUCAUGUCAUUGGCCUCGACCUCAAUUGUAAGUGCCUAUAUGGUACCAUCCAUCCAAACAGCAGCCUCUUCAAUCUUGUUCACCUUCAAUACCUCGACCUUUCUGUAAACAACUUCAAUCACUCUCAAAUUUUACCUUCCUUUGGCCGUUUCACAAAUUUGAUCCGUCUUGACCUCUCUUACUCCUAUCUUUCUGGCCCAAUACAAUCAUCAGAAGAAGUCUGGCAAGGGAAUAACUUCUCCAGUAGCAUUUUCCACUUACAGAAAUUGCAGGAGCUGUGGUUAAGCGGUAACAGAGAACUCACGGGUAAACUUCCAAGUUUUAUUAAUGAAACUCGCCGGCACCUUACGGUGUUGGCUCUCGAAACAACAGGUUUCACCGGAGAGCUACCUAAUUCCAUCGGCCAACUUGAGAACUUGCAGGAGCUAUACCUCGAUGAGUGCAAUUUCUCUGGCACGAUUCCGAGAUCGCUUACAAACCUCACGCAAUUAAUUUGGCUUACUCUUACAGACAACAAUUUUGAAGGCCCAAUUCCACCUUUUUCUAACUUCUCGCUACUUCAAAUGAUAUAUUUCUCAAACAAUCAACUAACAGGUCCCAUUCCCUCUUCCUUGUUUUAUCUUGUGGACCUUGACUCUCUUGCUCUUUCGUCAAAUAAUUUAAGCGACACCGUUGAGCUGGACACGUUUGCAAAGCUUUUUAAUUUGUAUUAUUUGGAUCUUUCAAACAGUGGUCUAUCAUUGACCACCACCAACUCCACUCCCUCUUCUUUCCCAUAUAUUGAGACAUUACUAUUGCCGUCUUGCAAUAUAAGAAAAAUUCCUGAAUUUUUGAAAACUCGAAAGGAAUUUUUGGUGAUGCUAGACCUUUCAAACAACCACCUAAAUGAAGAACUCAAUCCACUCUGUAAUCUUCAUUCUCUUAAAUAUCUCGAUCUGUCCAAUAACGAAUUUUCUGGAUUAAUUCCUACCUGUUUGGGGAACUUCAAUGGAAAUUUAACCUCGUUAAAUUUGCAAAGAAACAAUUUCCAUGGUAGCAUCCCUCAAACAUUUGGAUACGCAAACAUGUUACAGGAACUUGACAUUAGCCACAAUGGAUUGCAAGGGGAGCUUCCAAGAUCAUUGGCGAAUUGCACAAACCUAGAAAUUUUGAAUUUGGGUCAUAAUUUCAUAGAAGAUACUUUUCCAUUUUGGUUGGAGAACCUGCCCCAAUUGAAGAUUAUUGUCUUGCGAGAUAAUAAAUUCUAUGGUCCCGUAGGACAACCAAGGAAGAGAUUAGCCUUCACCAAUUUACAUAUCAUUGACAUGUCUCACAAUGAAUUUACAGGUACUUUGCCAUCAAAAUUCUUUGAGAGCAUGCAUUCAAUGAUGAUGGAUGAUGAAAACAAAUCCUCCUUAAAUUAUAUGCGCACUGGUUUUGGUUAUUAUUCAGUGACCAUAAUGAAUAAAGGACUGGAAAUGGUAUUUGUAAGGAUCAUCACCAUCUUCAAAGCUAUUGAUUUUUCGCACAACAAGUUUGGUGGGAAUAUUCCAAUAGCCAUUGGAAGACUUAAAGCCCUUUGUGUCCUAAAUUUUUCAAGUAAUGGUCUCACAGGUCUCAUUCCAGUGUCCUUGGGGGAUCUAACUGAGCUCGAGUCCUUAGAUCUAUCCCAAAACAAGCUCUCUGGUGAGAUACCUCAACAACUAACGAGUUUGACAUUCCUUGAAGUUUUUGAUGUCUCACAAAAUAAUCUAACUGGGAUUAUACCACGAGGUCAACAAUUUGAAACAUUUUCAAACACUUCGUAUGAGGGAAAUAUUGGAUUGUGUGGUUUGCCAUUGUCAAAGAAAUGUUGGAUUCUCAUAGGAGCAGAAUCGCCAUCAUCAUCCUCUUCAAGCCACGAUUUUAAAUACAAACUUGAUGGUUUUGAAUGGGAACCGGUGUUAAUGGGAUAUGGUUGUGGAGUAGUAAUUGGUUUGGUGAUAGGAAGUUGCAUCAUUCGAAGGAAAGAAAAAUGGCUUGAGAGAAUUUUCAGAGUGAAAAUGGGUCAUCAGAAGAACAGAUCAAAUGAGGUUAGGUAUCGACAUGGAACAAGAUGA